AUGGCGCAUCCACCGCCGCCGGCCGAGAUGACGACGACGUACCCGGUGAAGGAGAUCACGGAGGCCGUCGCCUUCCUGGACAAUAUCGUAGCCAGCUUUGAGUCGAAUCCGGGCGUCCGUGACGAGUUCUUCGCCGUCGUCACGGGACUCGGAGACGGCGGCGUCGACGCCCGGUACGUGGUGGACCGCGCGAGCGAGCUCCUAGGAGGGCACCCGGACCUCCUCGCGGAGUUCCGCACCUUCCUCCCCGGUGCCGAGGUGCCAAAGGAAGAUCUUGCUGCGACGAGGCCACGGCGAAGCAGCCGCAAGAGGAAAAGGGAGAGCCGGUGCCGGCCGGUGCCAAAGGCGGAGCGGAACGUGGACGUGGCGGCCGGUGCCGACGAUGCACAAGGCUAUAAGUUGCUGCGCAAGAGGGAAAGCGGCAACCGCGCAGCGGCCGGCGCCGGCGGGGACGCGAACGAGGACCCUCAGUUCCGCAAGGCCCUUGAGUUGCGUGCACUCCGCAUCGAUGAAGGCUCCACCGACUGCAGGGCCGCGGCGCGGGGCCAUGAAGAUGACGACGUCCCGCUGCAAAGGUCCAAGAAGCCCCGCCGGCACGCCCACCGCGUCGGCCAAUGCUCGGGCGGCGGGGGCGCGUCGCGGGGCCAUGACAAUUACGACGUCCCGCCGUACAGGAUGGACAGGAAGCUCUGUGCCGUCGACUACAACCGCCGCCACGCACACUGGGUCGGCGAAGGUUCCGGCAUUGGGUCCAUUGCCCGGAUCCAAGACGACGACGAUAUCCCACGGUACAAGCCCAGGAAGCCUUGCCGCCGUGCCACCAACGGCGAAGGUUCCAGUGCCGAGGUUGCGGCACGUGCUCCAGGGUCGCGUCGAGACGACGAGGUCAUGCGGUUCCGGCAGGCGUGGGAGUUCGAGACCGGCUACUCGAAGAUGGUGGCCACGAUGGCGCGCAUGGUGGAGCUGCUAAAAGACGGCUCCUACGUCCACAUGGCUUCCCUGGAGGAGCUCUUCCCUAGCCGCGAGUGCCGGGAGUUCCUCAAGAGGUUCUACGGCGGGGAGACAUGGAGGGCGAUGCGGGAGGCGCUCGAGGACGCCGAGAGGACCGGCCCGGCGCUAGAGGUGCUACUGCGCCGGCUGAGGCAGAUGGAUGAUAACACCAUCGAGGACGCGAGGAAGAGGCGGGAUCGCGCCCGCGCAGCCGAGAGGCUCAACGAGCUCGUCACGGACAUGCUGGACGCCUGGACGAGGAGCGCCAGCGGCACAAGGCCGGCGAUCACGUUGCAUGAACGGCGCGCGUGGCCGGCUGUGUCUGUGCCAUCGUCAUCCUGA